CCUCCACUCUUACCUUGCCUCCCUCGAAUUUCUCAGUUCAAGCAGGAAACCCCACUUCUCAUUACAACUCCUCUGCAUCGAUUUUGAUUCGUCAGUCCCUUGGAGCGUAAGUUUUGACACCGUGCUUGCGUAGUUUGAUUGAUAAUGAGGAAGAUUCCGCGAUUUGAUGUUCGAUGUGUGUUUUUGUGCAUUAUUGAAAUUGGGUUUUGUCUCUAGUCUAUAUGAUCAGUACUUAAAACACGGUUAUGGUGGCCUUUGCAUUGUUUGUGGGGUUCGUUGUUGGGGCAUUAGCUGUAAUCGGUGUUGAAGUUGUGGGAGUUUUGUUCUUGAUACACAAAUUGGGUAGAAAAACGAAGGAAGAUGCUGUUAAGGUCGCCGAAUCCGGAUCCUCUGAAAGAGAGGAACCCCAGUUUUCAUUUCCUGAUAAACAGGGUUGGGUUUGGAUUUUAGAAAAGGAAAAGAUCCCAAAGACUUUACCAUCAUUUGAUAAAGGAUCACGUUCACAAAAACGUAAAAAUGAGAUUGUGGAGGUUUCACCUGUGCGGAAGCAAGCAAGCAUCAAGGAUCUAUCACUCAUCCUUAUAGAACCAGAUGACACCCUCACGAAGAUUCCUCUUUCAGGCUGCACUGUAGAAGCCGUUUCUGCUACAAAUUUACCCACCAGAAAGUGGGCCAAAAAAUACCCUGUCAGAGUGGAAAACAAGUCAUCAGUACUAUACCAUGGAAGCAAGCUAUUCUACUUAUAUUUCGAGACAUCUUCUGAAAAGGAAUCAUGGUGUAAAGCCCUCAGACUUGCUUCAUGUGAUGACAAAGAGAAACUCAAAUGGUUUCACAAAUCGCUUUCAGACUUUCACAGUUACUUAGGAUCCAUAAAUGUUGAAUAUCCUUCAUUUCUAAAACCCUCCAUAGGUUUUAAUCCAGAAACAGGCGAUAAAACAGUCAAGAUAGAAACUUCAUCAUCAAAAUUUCGCCACUUAUUAAAAAAAUUUGCCAAAAAGACUUCUAAAGCUGGUAGAGAAGAUAAAAAAGAAAAAUCUAAUACAGUGCAAGAGUCGAGUUCAGUUGCUAGUGAUGAUGGAACAUUAUGUUGCAAUUUGCUAAUAUCACGGUUAUUUUUUGAUGCCAAAAGCAAUGCAGAUUUGAAGAGCUCUAUACAAGCACGAAUUCAGAGGACACUCUCUACUAUAAGGACCCCGAGUUACAUAGGGGAGAUAGUUUGCACAGGGGUAAAUCCUGGAAAUAUCCCGCCAUAUAUUCAUGUUUUGGAUAUUGAAACAAGGCUUGAAGUACAAGAGCUUGAAAAUCCAGAAACUAUGAAUUCAGAUUCCAAAUCUGUUAAGGAUGUCACUUCUGAUCUUCUAGAAGGUGUUGGGUACUAUGAAGAACAGUUGAAGCUUAAUCAACACAAGGGUGAUGAAAUACGCAAAUUGGAAGAGGUAAAAAGUUUUAAGGGAGAUGAACAAGCAUCUUCAAGUUCUGCUGUAUCCAAGUGGAAAUCUGUGUUAAAUUCUGUUGCGAAACAAGUGUCUCAGGUGCCUCUUUCAAUGGCAAUACGGGUAACAACUCUUAGAGGAACAUUAAGUUUGGAGUCUUCUGUUGGGGAUCACAAGAUUACAAGUGGACAUAUUGCAUUGUUCAUAAUCGGUAAAUUUAAGACAGCUAUUCGUGAAACCAUGGUACUCCCUAACUCUGAAAGUGUAACCAUUCCCUUUAUGUUAGCCGAAAAGAACGACUGGAUCCCACAAAAAGCCGCCCCUUUUAUAUUUGCCAAUCCUGAAUCCACCACCAACUCCACCACCACAACCACCACCACCACCACCAACACCACCACCACCACCACCACUACACUACCACCACCACUACCGAACCCACUAUUGUACACGAACCUCAUCCCUGCCAACCUUCCCAAGAACCUCAUCCACAAGAACCACAAGAUGUCCAUAACACUAGCAAUCAGGGAAGUUAAAUUGCCAAGCUGGCAACUCCACCCAUUGCCACCUCAGCCAGUGGUGGUGACGAGUGAAGAAAGUAAUGACAUGGCGGAAGGGGAGGAUGCGAGGUUAAGAAGAAUGGGAACCAAGGCCAAGAUGUUGGGGUUAAGGAAAAAGAUGGGGGAGAAACUUGAAGAAAAGAGACGGAAUAUUGAAGAGAAAGGAAGACAUAUUGUUGAGAAGAUGCGAGGUCCAUGA